AUGGCGGUCGGUGUGACGUCCAUACCGCCUGCGCCGCCUCCACCUCCAUCACAUCAACCAUCGGCUGCUGCAUGCUCCACCGAGAAGGAUCGGUUACCGAGACUGAAAGAAUUAGUGAAAACUGACCUACACACUUAUCAGUUGUAUAAAGUUAUCGGUGAAGGUGGCUAUGGUACCGUUUACGAGAGUGAAACCGACGAUGGACGUCGUGUAGCCGUGAAAGCCGAGAAAUACAGUAAAUCAAUGCUGCACAUUGAAGCAAGUGUGAUGCGCGCUGCAGCGCGGAGACAUAGCGAACAUAUUUGCGAGCUGAUCGAUUACGGUUCCGAGAAACCGGACUAUAUUUUCAUUGUGAUACCAUUGCUGGGAAAAGACCUGCACAAAUUGCGCAAUGAGCAAAUCAACAGACGCUUCUCGCUUUGUACUGCGGUACAAGUAGGCCUGCAGACGCUGAAGGCUAUUGAGGAAUUACAUCUGAGUCAUUUUAUAUCACGUGACAUCAAACCUGGUAAUUUCAUGGUUGGGUUACGUGAAAAUCAACAACACAAGACGAUAUUUUUGAUUGAUUUCGGGCUUGCAAAGAAGUAUGUUGAUAAGAACGGAAAAUUACUUCCGUCACGUGGCGAAGUGGGAUGGCGAGGCACAACACGGUACGGCUCGUUGAAAGCACAUCUGAGGCUGGAUUUGGCGAGGAGAGAUGAUCUGGAGUCGUGGUUUUAUCUGCUUGUCGAGAUCACUCGUGGUUCUUUACCGUGGCGACACGUUUCCGAACGUGCUGGUGUGCAAGCAGCCAAGUUGAUGGCUCGUGACGCGGGUCGCACACAAUUUUUCCAUCAAUGUCCGAAGCAAUAUGAAACAUUGAUGGGAAUGGUUGAUGGAUUGGUGUUCGAGGAUAGUCCGAAGUACAACGAAUUUGAGGAUGUGCUAAUGGAUAUUAAAAAAGAAUGGAAAUUACGGCUUAAUUCACGGUUUGACUGGGAUGAAGAUUUGACAUCGACGCGGUCUACGACGAGGAGCAUAUCGUCGGAUGCGGAGUGCGAGAGGGCUGUCAAAGAGGAAUGUGUGAGAGAUGUGGCGGAAGUUGUUGAUCUGAAGGAACGUGAAAUGAUAGAAGUGAAAGAUCAGCAAAAACAGCCACAGCAGUCUUUAACAGGUGCGGUACCACUGUCUACACCUGUACUGCCAACAGCAGUAUCAGCCCUACGCCAGCAACGACGAUCUUUCUUCACUCGUGAGGAGCAGCAAUCUGCUGGUUCACUUUGA